UUUACAGACGUCUUCUCUAAGGAAGGGGCUAGAUCGCUACCUAUAAUUAAUAGCCCUACUUAUGUAAUAGACCUUAAAGGAGACGUAGUACUACUAUAUAGCCGAAUCUACCUACUUACAAAGGUCGAGCUAAGUGUCUUAUACGAAUAUUUAGAUAACACCCUAGUAAAAGAAUAG